AUGGUAGAACUAGCCUUAAGAAAUAAAACAGCUGAGAUUUUAAGCAAAUCAAACAAUCCAGAAAUUGAGAUGGAUUUCAGAGCAAAUUGUUCAGUGAGUCAAAUUAAUCCUAGUCUUCAUGGCCCACCACUAAUGCAAGCUUACCAAGAUUAUCUUAAUUCUUGUCAGCAUGGAACAUCUCUUUAUAAUCUUAAACGUGAUAAUGAGGAAACUGAUUUAAUUGUUUAUAACACUGAAACUAAAACCCAAGAAGUCAAAACCUUGCAGACUCCACAACCACUAGACUUAUCAACUUCCAUAACUCAACUUCCAAAUGGCAAGCUAUUCUGUUUUGGUAAUUGUGUACUUUCUGGAUAUACAGUACUAAUUGAUACAAAUGGUGGAAUCGAAGUGCUGCCGUCUGGAACUCCUUGUGAAUGAUCAUCAUGCAUCUAUUUCAACAACAGCGUCUAUUGCUUUGGAGGAGAUAAUGAAGGUACUUUAACUCUAUCUAGUAGAUUUGAUUUGAUUAGAGAUCGAUGAAUUAAAUUAACUCCGAUGCCAAAAUCUAAUUUCAAGUGCAAUAGUAUAAUAUUUAAUGGAAAUAUUUUGAUUUCUGGAUAUUAUUAUAGAAGAAAUCUUUUGCUAUACUCAAUUGAUAUUGACUCUUUCUCGACAAUUCCUUAUGAGUUUGCUACAUGGAAAAGAAAGGUUCUGAUAAAUGCAGAGAGACUUUAUUUGAUUGAAUGUGAUAAUAGAGGAGAUAUCUAUGAAAGCGAAAUUGGAAGUUACAUGAAUUGGAGACCAAUAGGAAAAACAACAAAAAUCAAUUGCAGAGCUGAUCAAGUGUAUUGUUCAUAUAAUAAAGGAGAAAUAUAUAUUGGAAUAGAUGGAUCUUACUACUUCAAGUUUGAUUUGAAUGAAAAGAGAUUGAAUGAAUUAAAAAUCUAA